AUCAUGGGGGUUAGCGGUGGCUACGUCAGGACGUGGAAUGUUCCAUUAUUCGUUCUUUGACACAGGGGGUUCCUCUGUGCGCGGCUGUCAAAUCUUUCACCCAUUACAAACUAAAGAGUUCACUCUAGAACAUAUUCGAGAUGGCUACGUUCUAAAUAAACAGUAAUAGGCCGGAGAUACGUGUGUGAGGGGAUACAUUUAGUGAAGACGUGCUGAUUGCUGAAAGGCUCCCCCCCUAUGAGGCACAAUGUCGUGGUCCCGGUAAAACAGGUCAAUGUUGAUCUCCGUUAAAAACAAAAACAAGCGCCGGUGAAAGAAGAGCGGAGCCGGUGGGGCCUCGCCUGUUGCUGAGGGAGAAAUAGACGGCUGCACAGUGUUGCCUGUCCGGGUUGUGUUGGCGGGUCUCGGGCCGGCCGUGUGUGAGGAAGAGGAGGCCGCUCCUUCCUCCGGGGACAUGGAGCAAUGUGUGACGGUGGAGCGGGAGCUGGACAAGGUGCUGCAGAAGUUCUCCGGCUAUGGACAGCACUGCGAGCGGAGCCUGGAGGAGCUCAUCGACUACACGGGCGGCCUCCGGAGGGAGAUCAUGCAGGCCUCGGACCAAGAUGGUGAAUUAUCAGGGACGUUAUCGCUGGUGUUGACACAGUGUUGUAAGAGGAUAAAGGACACUGUGCAGAAGCUGGCCUCUGACCACAAAGACAUCCACAGCAGUGUGUCCAGGGUGGGGAAGGCCAUUGAUAAGAAUUUUGAUGCGGACAUCAGCAGUGUGGGCAUUGAUGGCUGCUGGCAGGCCGACAGUCAGCGUAUCCUCAACGAAGUAAUGGUGGAGCACUUCUUCAGGCAAGGAAUGUUGGAUGUGGCUGAAGAACUAUGUCAGGAAGCCGGUCUCUCUAUAGAUGCAAGCCAAAAAGAGCCAUUUGUGGAACUUAACCGAAUAUUGGAAGCACUGAAAGUUCGAGUUCUCCGACCAGCCUUGGAGUGGGCAGUGUCAAACAGGGAAAUGCUAAUGGCUCAGAACAGUUCAUUGGAGUUCAAGCUACACAGGUUAUACUUUAUUAGUUUAUUGAUGGGUGGAGCAGCCAACCAGGCGGAGGCGCUGCAGUAUGCCAAAAAUUUCCAGCCCUUUGCUUUAAAUCACCAGAAAGACAUUCAGGUCCUUAUGGGAAGCUUGGUGUAUCUGCGGCAGGGUAUUGAGAACUCGCCUUAUGUUCAUCUUUUGGAUGCCAACCAGUGGGCAGACAUCUGUGACAUCUUCACCCGAGAUGCCUGUGCCCUGCUGGGUCUCUCUGUAGAAUCUCCUCUCAGUGUUAGCUUCUCUGCUGGUUGUGUGGCUCUUCCAGCCUUAAUUAACAUAAAAGCAGUAAUUGAACAACGGCAGUGCACAGGAGUGUGGAACCAGAAGGAUGAAUUGCCAAUUGAAGUGGACCUUGGGAAGAAGUGCUGGUACCAUUCUAUAUUUGCCUGUCCAAUCCUUCGUCAGCAAACCACAGAAAAUAAUCCUCCUAUGAAACUUGUUUGUGGACACAUAAUAUCCAGAGAUGCUCUAAAUAAAAUGUUUAAUGGUAGCAAAUUAAAAUGCCCGUAUUGCCCGAUGGAGCAGAGUCCAGGAGAUGCUAAGCAGAUCUACUUCUGAGAACAGGGACUGGUUCCUAUAGUGCUGGAUGGCCUCAUGGGUUUUUUUUCCUUUUUAAUAUGUGCAUUUGAGAAAAGACGGGAAGAUAAAAUUAUUCCCAUGUUCCUGAAGAAUGCAGAAAACCAAGAUCCUCCUGAAAGCCAAUGCCACCAAGACACUACUGAGAUGUAAAAUCCUGACAAUAAAAUAUCUCGAACAAACCAGGAAUCUUCCUGUCCCUUUGGUCUCCAUACCUGACCAGUCGCCAGUACUGGUCAAGUCAUGCAGGUUUUUGUACUUGCUAAGCAAAAGAUGAUGUAAACUUUUUUAUUUAUUAUUAUUUUUUGUUCACAAAAUACUCUUGAUCCUCCUCCAUUCUUAGAAAGGUUGUUUAGGUACAACAUCACCGUUCUCUUGGUAUGCUGCAGAGAACUUAUUUUUUGGUCUGAUUUGUGCAUUUAGCUCAAGCAAUGGUCAUCUUAAGACCGCUUCAUCCAGACUGUCUGAUAUGCUCACGUAGAAGGCAUACCUGUCUUAAGCCGGCCGUAGACGGUUUGAAUCUUGACCGGUUCAGCAGAGUUUGGAAGCAUGUAUGGGCAGGCUGAAUUGUACCUAAGUUGAUCAAUCAACUUGGGUACAACCAGCAUGUCGGAUUUUGCAUUCGAUUGUUGCCAGCAGCAAUCGAUGUGUUCUCUCGACAGCAACACCUCCCCCGCCUGAACAAAAUGGCUCUGUGGGAGGGAUUCCUCCAUCAAUGGCUGGCUUUACUGGAGAAAGCGAUGAGAAAAAGCAUAAUUCAUGUUCUUCAAAUAAGCUGAAGACGGGUGCUGUCUGCUCUUCCUUACUGCAUUCAAUUGAACAUGUAGGCAUAUAUGUUUAUAGAUCAGCCAGUGGGACUGCAUCUGGCAGGAGUCAGAUAGUGCCUGCAAUUUCAUCUGACCUUGUGUCUAUGCCUAACGUUACAUUUUUAGAGCUUGUUUUUCACGGUUUACAUUGUUGUCCAUACACGUUGGGUCACUGGGUGGACAUACUGUUAGCCUUGCCAAUGGCGUAUUUUAACAAUUAUAUUGUGUUGUAACACAUUCACAAUGAGAGGUGAAAGAGACUGCAAACAGACAAGGGGUCAUUUGCAUUGGCACUCAGCACCAUACAGCCUGAAAAUACAUGUAUUUUUCUGUACUAGUGAUGAGGUGUGUCCAGGCAGGCCCUAUAAGUGAAUAUAUGUGCAUCAGCUGUAGGGACUCCACCGCACAGCUGAAUCUGACAGGUGCCCAGACCUGAAUACAGAGCCUGAGCCUGGUCUAUGCCCCAGUCCCUGCGUACCAGUCAAACUUGGCUGUGCAAGUGAGUUUGUAUAGCCAAUGCGAGUCCCUUAAUAUUAUAUUGACUGUCUACGCUAGUACAGAAAAAUAAGCGACUCUUCAGGCUGUUUGGGGCUGAGUGCCCGUGUGAUCGAUUCCUACGUUAACUGAGUGAUGCAAAAGGUAGUAAGUAGCAUGAGAGAUACACUCUGAUCAGAUUACAUGCACACUGUUUAUUCUGUGUGUGAUUAUUUAGGUCCCCUUCAGAGGACUGCAUUAUCUUUUAAAAGGUUUGAUAAAAUAAUUGUAUAUUUCUGCCAGACCCCUGUAUACUUUCUAUUCCCUCCUGGUCUGGUCCCAUUUGUUGCCAGAUAAAAUGACAAGUUGAACUUUUUAUUGUUCAGCCAUUCAAACCCCUUUAUAUUUUUUUCCCUUGUUCUCUAAUUGUCAUUAUAGAACUACGGUAUGUUGUGAAUUCUAUUCCCUUGUAUGUUGUAUAUAACUAAACAAUACUACAGAGGUGUCUGGUAAAGGCCAUAGCCAAUAGAAAGUUUAACCUGUAUUUUUUUGCUGAGGAAAAAAAAAA